AUGUGCGAUAUGGCGGCAGAGGAUAACCCUAAAAUGGCAGAGGGGGAUGGUUUGGUGUCAGACGGCCAGACGUCUCCCUCCAUCAGAUCUCCAGAGACUGCUGAACUGACCCAAACUGGGGACGGUCUCCCAGGGGCCACCCUGACCUCCUACAGCCCACUGAGGGCACUGCAUCGGCCCUGGUGCUUGGUUCUGGUGCUCAUCCUGCUGGUUCUCUCUCUCCUUUUCAGCUGGGCGGUGGUACACCUCAGCUUGGGGGCCCGGAGCAAACCCUUCAGGAUUUCUUCCAGCUACAACCAGCCCGGCGACAUGGAGACAGCAACCUAUGACCCCCACUUCACCACCAACUGCACCAUACGAACCUUUCAAAACGUCACUCUCCGGGGCCGCUAUCACUGCAGAGGGGGGCGGGAGAUCAAUGUGAGCCAGCUGUGUGACUUCAACUCUGACUGUCCACAAGGGGACGAUGAGGGGGAACAUUGCCGUCAAUUCCUCAAUGGCAGCUAUUGCUCAUUUGGAAGAGAGGAUUGCGGCUGGCAGCUGGUUCCAGGAAGGGGCCCACAAUGGAGGGCCCAUCCGUCCAUUCCCCAAAGCCUCAGAAGCAGCUGUCCAUCCCCAGGGGCCUUGUUGGCCAUCGACAGUCAGCCCAAAGGUCAGCGAGGAUCAGCCCAGGUGCGAAGCCCACUUUUCUUCUACCCACUACGGAACGCCCCUUGCAUGGUCAAGUUCUGGGUGUGUGGAUCUUCAAAUGGAAUGCUAUCGCUCUGGAUUAUAGAGAACAGCACAGGUCCUGAGGGUCAGAGGAGUCUCUGGAACUCAACAAGUGAAACUAAUAUGGGGAAAGGGUGGAAACUCAUUACCCUACCACUCUUCGGUUUGGUGGAUCUGUUCUACCUGCAGUUCAGUGCUGAUAUUUCCUCUAGUGCAGGAAUUGCAUUUGCUGUGGAUAACUUCACUCUGAGCAUGGAAUGUUUCCUUGAAACCAAUGGAGAAUUUCCUCCGGUGGCUCCCACAAGCCCCACACAAGUGCUGUUCACACCAAGCAAUGAGAACAUCAAGACCACGACAGCACUCGAUGGAGAGCCUGGAGCGUCUACAGAAUCUGUCAAGUGGAUAUUCCACACCUGCGGAGCAACAGGACAAGACGGUCCAACGCCGACUCAGUGCAGUAACUCAUACCGCAACACCAAUGUCAAUGUCACUGUAGGCACUAAGGGACCAUUCAAGGGCAUCCAGAUGUGGCGGGUCCCAGAGACAAGGAAAUACAGGAUCACGACGUAUGGAGCAGCUGGUGGACGCAGUGUCCAGGCUGUCCACAAGUCACAUGGGGUGUACAUGACCGGAGACUUCCUGUUACAGAAGGAUGAGCUGCUGUAUAUUCUAGUGGGACAGGAAGGAGAGGAUGCUUGCCCAAAUAUGGUGACUACAAUGGACCGGAUCUGCAGGGAACAGCAAGGACCAUCAAUCAACAAGACCCAGCUUAAGGGAGGAGGUGGUGGAGGAGGAGGAGGCACCUACGUCUUCAAGGUGGUAAAUGGAGUCCACAUUCCUCUAUUUAUUGCUGCUGGAGGUGGAGGCCGUGGCUACAGCAGCCAAUCAGAAACCCUAGAGGAAGUGAUGGACAGGGAUCCCAGCAUUCCCGGCCGUAAUGGAAAAUCAGGUGCUGCAGGCGGUGGUGGAGGCUGGAAUGACACUGCCCCUGUUCCUCAAGGGGGUAGACCAAUCAUUCUGGGAGGUCAGGGUGGAGAACCCUGUCAAGUCAUGGGCUGGAAAACUCGAGGAGGUUUUGGAGGUGGUGGAGGGGCCUGCACAGCUGGUGGAGGAGGUGGAGGAUACAGAGGGGGCAGUGCCUGGCACGAUAAUGAUCCCAGAAAGGAUGGAGAUGAUGGAACAUCGUUCAUAAGUCCUGAUGGUGAAAUGUACCUGGAGCCACUCAAAGGCAUGGAAGGUGACGGUGAAGUUAUUAUCAACCCAGUUCAGAACUGCAGUCACUGUGAGUCAGGAGAUUGCCACGAGACCUCUGAGGGCACGGUGUGCUACUGUGAUGAAGAGCUCUCGCUGGCCCCAGACGGAGUGUCCUGCAUCAACUCUACCGCGGUGUCUAUGUUGCCCGCCCAGCCGUCUUUGUCUCAUCUGGCAUUGGGUCUGUCUGUGGGGACCUCCGCGCUCAUCGCUGCAUUGCUGUUGGCCGUUUCUGGCGUUAUGAUCAUGUACAGACGUAAACACACCGAGCUCCAGUCUAUCCAACUUGAGCUACAGAGUCCCGACUGUAAGCUGAGCAAACUGAGAGCCUCUACCAUCAUGACCGACUACAAUCCCAACUACUGCUUUGGUGGGAAGACCGCCUCCAUCAACGAUCUGAAGGAGGUGCCACGGCGCAACAUCUCCCUCGCCAGAGGUUUGGGUCAUGGUGCAUUUGGAGAAGUCUAUGAAGGACUAGCCGUUGGGAUUCCAGGGGAGCCCAGCCCGAUGCAGGUGGCUGUAAAGACACUUCCUGAGGUGUGCUCUGAGCAGGAUGAACUAGACUUUCUCAUGGAAGCUCUCAUAAUCAGCAAGUUUAGUCACCAAAACAUUGUGCGGUGUAUCGGGGUGAGUCUGCAAGCUCUGCCUCGCUUCAUUCUGCUGGAACUGAUGGCCGGAGGGGAUCUCAAGAGCUUCCUGAGGGAAACUAGACCAAGACUUGAGCAUCCUUCAAGUCUAACCAUGGUAGAUCUUCUCAACAUUGCCAGAGACAUCGCCCGCGGCUGCCAGUACUUAGAAGAGAACCAGUUCAUCCACAGGGAUAUUGCUGCCAGGAAUUGUCUUCUGACCUGCAAAGGUCCAGGGAGGGUGGCCAAGAUUGGUGAUUUUGGCAUGGCCAGAGACAUCUACAGAGCCAGCUAUUACAGGAAAGGAGGCCGUGCUAUGCUGCCAGUAAAAUGGAUGCCUCCCGAGGCCUUUAUGGAGGGAAUCUUUACCUCAAAAACAGAUACAUGGUCAUUUGGUGUUCUGCUGUGGGAGAUCUUCUCACUGGGCUAUAUGCCAUACCCCAGCCGCAGUAACCAAGAGGUGUUGGAGUUUGUUACUAAUGGAGGCCGGAUGGACCCACCUAAGAACUGCCCUGGGCCAGUGUACCGGAUAAUGACACAGAGUUGGCAGCAUCAACCAGAAGACAGACCAAACUUCUCAACUAUUCUGGAGAGGAUUGACUAUUGUCUGCAGGACCCAGAUGUGGUGAAUGUGCCUUUGCCUGUUGAGUACGGCCCCAUCCCUGAGGAAGAGGAGAGGGUACCCAUGCGUCCCGAUGACCCAUCGGCCCCCUCCUUGCUUGUAACCCCUCAGGGCACUGAGGAGGCUUCAUCUGCCGCCCACUCCGAUCAGCCUAAGAGAGAUGGGGAGGCCGUUCUCGUGGCCAGCCACUCCUCUGAGAGCAAACUCCCACCCGCUCCCCAAUCUCAGCCUCACCCCCAUCACCACCACCAACCCCCGGUAGUCACUGCCCCUAUACCAGCUGCCAAACCUUCCUCUGCAACUCCCUUGACCACCCAAGAUGGAGGGCAUGUGAAUUUGGGCUUCAUGCAGGCCCAUCUAUCGGAGAAGGAGAGCCGUAACGGGAAGCCCACCAACCUGUGGAACCCCACCUAUGGCUCGUGGUUUCUACAGCAGCAACAGAAGAGACAGCAGGCCCAGGCACAAAGGCAGACAAGCGGCCCACGGAUCCCAGGUGAAGGGCAGGAACAAGCAGGCCGGACUGUGACAGUAGCUGAAGCUCUGGGCCUGCAGCAACAGCACAAACAGCAGCAGUACCAACAGCAGCUCCAGCGCCAACAGCAGCAGCAGCAGCAACAACAAGGCCUGUGUCGACCGCUUUUGCCCCCUCCUCCCCCACCUGCCCCGACCCCUUUACUUCUGGAUUCGGCCAGCCUAGCACCGGUUCCACUCUACAGACUACGGCGCUUCCCAUGUGGGAACAUCGGGUAUGGCUACCAGGAGCAGGGCCUGCCCAUGGAGCCCAUGCCGGGGCCCCAGCCUCCCCCGACUCAUCCUGGCCAGCAGAGGCCCAUCUCUUUAGCUCGGGCCAGCGGCCCUGAGGACAGCCGCCCACUUUUGGUCACCAUGGGUACAGUGCAGGACUCCAGACUGCCAAAAAUGGAAGGGCACAACGCCACUGUGCUGUAACCAUGCACGUUCUCUAUCAGUGCCCACUUUGCAAAACACUGUGCUGUCCAUUUACGUCCACCUUUGCCAAGCCCCUUUGUGCUUUAUCUUUGUGCUUUUCAGCCAUGAGACUGGGACUGGAAAUGUUCUGCUCUGGAAACUCAGAGAAACUACGUUUCACUGAAAGAGAAUGAUUGUCACUUGGAUAAAGUAACAAGACUGUUGAGUUUCUGAAAGCCGCAAUUGAGAGACAAAAAUAAACUGAUUAAGCCCUCACAAGGACAAAUUCUGUAAAAAAGACUAAAUUAUAUCAGUGAUAUUUUUCCAUAAUGGGGGAGAAAAAAAUAAAACGGGUUUGUUGAUGUUUGCUUGCCUGCUUGUUUAUUUAUUCAUUUGUUAAUUUAUUAUUUGGAGGUCAUGU